AUGUCGUCUACAUUGAUUUAUGAUGGAAAUGAUAGUCUAAAAGAAAACGUUGAACAACAACAACAGCAACAGCAGAAACUCAAAGAUGAGAUAACUCAGUUCUCACAAAUUGCAUUUUCAUUAGUCUUUUUUUAUCUCGUUGCUUUUUCAGUAAAAAAAGUUCGUCCGAAACCUGGAACCGCAACGAAAGCAAAUGAAAAGAAAACAAAAAAAAGUAAUCCUACGUUACAAUCUGUUUUUGCUGUAGAACCAGAAUCAGUUACUGUUUCCACAAAAACGACGUCUGAAAGUGCCAUUACAAGUGAUAUUCUAUUACAACAAUUGACUGUUCUAUCUCCAUUACAAAACAAUGUAUUAGAUCAACCAAGUUCACGUCACGAUUUACCUCUUUUAGAACCACCAUCAUCAUACCCAUCACAGCAACAAACUCGUGUCCUAAACCGUCCUGUUCCACUACGAAACUCUUCUCCAAUCAGUCAAGUUUUAUCAACUUCACCACAUCCAUCACAACAUAUGUCAACUCCUUCAUUGUCUUCACAGAUUAGUAGUAGUAAUUUUGCUCCUUUGGCUGCCUCCUCUCAACGUAAUUUUACAAGUAUUCAACGUCCAUCUAAUUCAUCUAAUUGGGUGUGCCAGUAA